AACUGUAACCAUCGAUUCUUCAACCCCACAAAUCUCCGGUUGAUACAAUCCCUCUUUCUAUUUGGUCAUUUGAACUUCAAACCGUGGUAGAUGAUGAUGAGCAAUGAAGAAUCUGGGUGGAUGAGCAGUGAUGACUUUGGAAGUUCAAGACUAUUGCAUGAUAUUGAAGAAAUAAGGAAAGCCCUAUAUUCGCAGGAUGCCCCAUCAACGACUUCAAUGCCACCACGAGAUCACCCUCCAUGGAAUCCAAAGUAUGCAAAAGACGAUUUGUUACCAAAUGGCAAAAAGUCUUCAAUUUGGAAAUGGAAGCCUUUGAAAGCUCUAACCCAUAUUCGAAAUCAUCGGUUAAGUUGUUGUUUUUUUCUUCAUGUUCAUUCAAUCGAAGGAUUACCACUAAAUUUUAACGAACUCAGCUUAUGUGUUUACUGGAAAAGGAAACAUGAGGUUUUGAAAAGCCAUUCUAUACGCGUUAAAGAUGGUGUUGCGGAGUUUGAAGAGACACUAAUCAGGCGUUGUUCGGUGUAUGUUAGUAGAAGUGAUCCCCAUGAUGAUGUAGCUAAGUAUGAACCUAAGCUUUGUGUAUUUUAUGCUUCUGUAGUUGGGGCUCCUGGUUUAGAUCUGGGCAAGCAUCGGAUUGAUCUCACGAGAUUGCUUCCACUUACUUUAAUGGAGUUAGAGGAGGAGAAGAACCGUUAUGGAAAGUGGGUUACUAGUUUCAAGCUUUCGGGUAAGGCAAAAGGUGCUACAAUAAAUGUUAGUUUUGGGUUUUCGUUAUCUGGGGAACACUUUAUGAGGUCUAGUAAUCUUGGGAAGAAUUUGAAUAUUCUGAAAGGAAAUGGUUCAAGUCAUAAUGGCAUGCUUCAAAGGGUUGGGAGUAUUCCAAGUAAUUCAAGCCGUAGGACCCAUGUAUCCAAUUUAUCGUUAGAUAUGAAAGUUCAUAACGGGAUUGUACCAUAUGAAGGGCCAUCAAUUCCUUUUCUUUAUCAGUUACUUGAUGAAUCAAAGUCAAGUUAUUCAAAAGAAUUCAAUUCAGUAUCUACAGAUUUAGAAUCUUCACCUGAGAGCGAGGUUUAUGAUAGUGAGUUUACGAUUCUUGAUAGAGGUACUGAAUUUGCUACAAAAGAUCAGUCGAAGAUAGAAGAGGAUAAUGUUGAAUCUGUUGAAAAUUCUUGUAUUGAGACCAUUAAUGUGGCUGAACUUUUUGAGGGUGAUGGGGACGAUUAUGACGAUUGUGGUAAUUUAGAAAUCGAGACUGUUUUUGAUGAUAUUAGUUCUAAAGAGCAUAAUAAUGUGUGCACUGAAGAAUUCAACAUUGAAGACCUUGAAUUAUUUUUCCACAAUCUCUCUACAUUUGAAUCACAAGAGAUGGAUUUUUCGUUUCAUGAAAACCAGGUUUUAGAGCAUGAUUACCACAUGAAGAAUGAUUCAAUUUGUGAAGGAGGUAAAAUGGUACGGUCACAUAGCUUAGAUGACUUAACAAAUGUUGUUGAUGAUUUCAUGAACUUGGUUGGUUCCGAUAGUGAGCCAGAGUCUCCAAGAGAGCUUCUUUUGAGACAGUUUGAGAAGGAAGCUUUAGUUUCAGGAAACUUUGCUUUUGAUCUCAAUCCUAAAGAAGAGCAAGGAGACUGCUCCAACAUUUUCGAUUUAUCUUUUCUAUUUCAAGAAACCGAGAUGGAACGCAACGAUGGGGUGGGCCCUUCUUUGAUAAGUAGACGGAAAGCCAAGAUUCUUGAGAACUUAGAAACUGAAGCUUUAAUGCAAGAAUGGGGUUUAAACGAGAGGGCAUUUCAAAACUCUCCAAGAACCACCUCUGGUGCAUUUGGAAGUCCGGUCUAUCUUUCCCCUGAAAGGCCAUCUGAGUUGCCUUCACUUGGAGAAGGUCUGGGUUCGUUUUUGAAGACUGGAAAUGGUGGAUUUUUAAGGUCCAUGGAUCCUUCGCUUUUCAAAAGAGCUAAAAAUGGUGCAAGAUUGAUUGUGCACGUAUCUAGUUCAGUCGUGCUACCUCCAGCAAUGGGAUCUAAUGCUAUGGAUAUACUGCUGAACUGGGCAACAGUUGGUGCUGAAAAGAUGCAUUUGCAGGCCACACGUUUGAUGCCGAUGGAGGAGAUUACAGGGAAGACCUUGCAACAAACGUCUUGGGAAGCUGAAUCGCAAAUGGAGGUGAUUGAGAGGGGGCAAGCAUUACUACGUGAAUCAGAGGCCAAAGAAAUGCCAACAAGCAUUUGCCGUGAAAUUGAUUCAGAAUAUGUUUCCGAAGGCAAUACUGCUCCUUUGGCAAUUGAAAAGAUUCAGUACCUCUUAAUUGAAGGACUAAGAAUUCAAUCUGGAAUGUCAACCGAAGAGCCUCCUUCAAGCAUCUCCGUCCAAUGCAUAAGAGGAAACUCGGCCUCUACAAGCAAAGGUGUUAAAGAAGGGUCGUAUUCCAAUUUCGUUGGAAACUUAAAAAACAUCGAGGAGCUGAUGGACAUGUCUAUUUCAUUGGAGGAGUGGAUGAGGUUGGAUUCCACAAGUUUUGAUGCUAAAAGUGAAGUAAAUGACCACAUUUCCAAGGUUUUUGCAACUCGUUGUGCUAAAAUGGAUCAAAAAGUUAGAAAAUCAUCAGAUAAAAAACGUGGGCAUCUUAGUAACAACUUCACGUUAGCCCUACAAAUGUUGCUUAGGGACCCGUUUCGGGAUUAUGAGCCCGUUGGUAUCCCGAUGCUUGCUCUAGUCCAAGUAGAGAGGACUUAUGUGGAGAGCAUUGUGGACCCCAUGUUCAAAAUCACCGAAGUUCAUGUCACAGGCUUAAGAGCGGACCCUGGAAAGAAGCAACAAUCUGGUUCCCGAUGGUUGCAUUCUAGUGGGAUGACAGCAGGGAACUGUCACAUAUUGUUCGAUGGUAUAUCUACUUCCUGGUGUGGUAGGUUGAGAUCAAAAAUACUUCUGCAAACUUGGUGUCAGGUAAAAUGCUUUACUUAACUUUUAUUUUGCUAAAGGAAGCAUCUUAUAUGUCUUCACAAAUAUUUCUUAAUGUCUUUCUUUGUUUCUCGUUCACUUUGCGGAAACGGGGGGUCUUCAUGGGAACAGCCGCCUCUACUCCUUGGGUAGAGGCCAGGUCUGCAUACAUCCUACCAUAUACACAUAUACCACGGGUGAGAUAUACUGGGUUAGUUUAGUUUGGUUAUUCUUUCUCAAUGCUGCUGAGCUUAUCUUUGAUCAUAUUGGUCACAACUCAUUGGCAGACACUUUUCUCAUGGUUAGUGUAAAUAAAUUAGAUGUGAUCGAGGUCCAUAUUUGCAUCCAUGUGGGAUGCAAAUUCGAUAUAUUUGUUUUUAUGAGGUAGAAAUACAAAUUGGAUUACAUACAUAUAUUGUAUGCAUUUAGAUGUUACUUGAUGCUCCCUCCAUCUAAAACAUGCAAGAUUAGAUUGGCAUGUGGUUUAACGGAUGUUUGAUUAAUGUUCGAAUACUUGGAACCCCCCUUAAAACCAAACUAAAUCGACCCAGUGUAUCCCACUUGAAAGUAGGUCCAGAGGGAUGUACCCAAGCUUGUCCAAUACCACAAAAAUCAGAGUGGUGGUUUUUUGCGAAAACCUUCGGCUUGUGCAGUAUUCGAGCAAAAAGGUAAAAGGAACAAAGACUAGCACAUAGCAAGCACAAAAGAGAAAAAGGAGUAAGAAAUGGUAAUACCCCUAUAAUAAGACAAAAUUG